CUAUUUGGUUAGCGCUUGUGGUCUUGCACCAAAUUUAAUACUCGGUCUCAUUGCUGCGGCCAUCCUCCUUCGUUCUCAACCAACGCAUCAGCGUUCCGUCAUAGUCGCAAUCAAUGUCGCGUCCUUCACUAAAGCUUCCACAUCUCACCGUACCAGUUCCGGCUGAUACUAAAGGCCGUCGGCGCAGCGGGAGCAUUGUCAAGGUCGAAGAAGUUGGCGGCCGUACAGAGGAACUUUUGGACCGCAGCGCGUACCUCAACAUCAAUGCUAACUGGGUGAAUGCAAAGGGUGCAUGGCUCAUACACGUCGUUUUGGUCUUCAUGGGAAAGAUCAUCAUCGAUACUAUACCUGGCAUGACGCAACAGAUCAGCUGGACACUCGUUAACCUUAUAUACCUUAACGUACGCUCCUUCCAUCCUUUGCUCUCAUAUCUCAUGUUCCAUUGGGUCACCGGCAUUCCCUUCGACAACGAGCUUCACGGCGGUGCAUAUGACGAUCUCACUCUCUGGGAGCAAAUUGAUGACGGCGCGCAAUAUACGCCAUCGAAGAAGUGGCUAUUCACUGCGCCUAUAUUACUUUUCCUGGCUUCGACACACUACACGAAUUACAAUCCGUGGCUAUUCGCUGUCAAUCUCACCGCUCUCAUCGUCCUAGCCAUCAUUCCAAAACUUCCUCAGCUCCACAGACAACGCGUUCGUUUCCUCACGAGUGAUGCCUCAGGCGUCUCAACGCCCGUCACGCCAUCUUUCCCUCAGAUGGACAACAAUCCGCUACAUGCCGCAAACCCAGCCGAUGCCCAUUUCGGGUGA